CGAACUUAAUGAAAUAUAUUUACCACGACACCCGAGUAUUUGUGACGCCCAACUAUAAUAUAGAGAAGAGUUUAUGAAAUAUUCGUUCAUUGCGUUAAAUUUUGUUUUUGAUCGUUUAAUUUAAACCCGAAAAGGCACCUACAAUUUUGUCAUGGAGCCAUCAGAUAACAAAAGGUCGUGCCGAGAAAAUAUAAUUAAUAGUUUGAAAAAUAAUAUUAAUGUAUCGUGUAUAUUAUUAUUUCGUUAGCGAUGGGCAAAAACCUUUUUGGAAAAAGCGCAGAAACCUGAUCACAUUCAUGGUGUUUCUGGGUUUUGUCAACGUCUUCAUGCUGAGAGUAAAUUUAAGCGUAGGCAUCGUGACCAUGACGACGCCCAAGGACAGUAAAGUAAGAAUACACUCGAGUCAUUAUAUAUUGGUUAAUUAAUAUUACACCGUAGUAAAAUUUAUGUCUGAAAAACAUAUGGACAAUAUAAUUAAUUUGAAACGCAUAUAACACUUUUAAAACAGAAAACCGUGAUAUGGUUGGUCCCUUGGAGUUCUGUUUUGGAUAUUUUUCACUACGUGUUUGCAAUAUUACAAUAUCAUAAAUAAUCCCCGUAGAGUAAAUGGCAAAUUGUUCAUACUGUACAUCAUUAGUACAAAUAUGGGGCCUUUCCCCUUCCCUCCCAAAAUAUUUUGGUUAAUUUUGUACAAAAUAAAUUUGUAUAAUGAAUUAUACUAAAAAAAGUAGAUAAUCUGGAAAUUUUAUGGAAAUAACGAUUUCAUUAUUUUCGAUUUUAGUUUUUCGUUGUAAUUUGAUAAAAAAAAUAAUCAUAGAGACCUGAAAAUUUUCUCAAAAAACUCAUAUUAGCCUUUUGUAGACGUAGUUAAAUUUUAAAAACAUAAUGCCAAGUUUUGGUUCUUAAAAAAAAAAAGCUAAUACUUGGACGGUUGUAGGUGGGUAGUAGGAAAGGUGGUAUACAAAAAAUUAUUUAAUUUAUAUCUGUGACCAACGAUAAACCAUUGAUAACAAAAAACGAUUUAGAGCAAAGUUCAGUUAUACAUGUUUUGAAAGGUCAUAUUAUUUACGAUUUUCAUCCAACAAUUGAUGUAAAAAAAAAAUAAAUACUAUAUAUACUACUAAAUACUAUUACACUCAAUUUUAUUUUUUGAAGCAAAGUUCAUGUGUUACCUACCUGACGUGAUGCGACCUCUUGGAUGACAUCAGGUACAUACCACCAUUAAACUACGGCAUACAUGUUAUGAAAUCGGCAAUAUCGAGUUAUUUAAUAUAACACAUAUAAUAUCCACAAAAAAUCCAUCCCUAAGGAAUUAUUUUCGUACAUUUUCUUGUAUUUUCUGAAUUUUUGUCGGUUUUGUUCGAUUAUUCAUAAAAUUACAAGGAAAAUCAAAAGCGAUUUUCUUGCCAUCUAUUUUUCAUAAAUUGUAUUAAUAUUAAAUUUUUAACUUAUUCUUGUUAGAUUUGUUUCUUUUUUUCUUAAUUUUUAUUUUAAUUUAUUGCAUUACUAAUUAUCAUAGUCUGCAUUGUACCAUGCUCUUAAGUGUUAAAAUAUAAAUAAAUUAAUAAAUAAAUAUAAUAAAAUCGUAUCGCCGUAAAUUUGUCAGUUUUCAUUUUACGUUUUAUUUCGAUUUUUUUAAUUAUUAAUAAAACUACUAAACAAAUUAAAAGCGAAAAACUUACUUAUGAUUUAGAUUGAGAAUUCAACACAAGAGAUCUCUUUUCGUUUAUCUAUUGGAGCAAUAUUUAUGGUAGAAGACACAAGCGGUACAAAUAUAAAAUAAUGAACUCAUGCCGUAAUUUGGAAAAAAUAGCAUAUUUCGUUUUGUUUUUGUUUUUCCCUAUUAUCAUGAAAAAUACUUUAGACACCAAAAAAUGACUUUCUUCGUCUAUGGCUAUAAGUUAAAAAAAAAACGAAAUCAAUCAAUUGUCAUUUUUGGGUUGGAGUAAUAUUUCUGGUAGAAAACAUGGUGUAAACAUAAUAAAAACAUUGAAAACUGUAACGCCGUACGGAAGCCGUAAAUAUUUGCCGUUUUAUCCAUAAUUUCCAUGUAUAAAAAUAUAUGUAUCAUAGUAUACUAUGCGUACCAACUACAUUCUCGUCCUGACUCGUGUGAGUUGUACACAAUCAAUUAAAAUUACUGACUAGACGAAUGAAAUUUUAAUUAAAUUUGUAGAGUUUUAUCAGGUGGAAGAAAUCUUAUGGCAUCUCUUCUUCUUAGGUUAUUGAAUUUUUUUUUGUGUGGGAUACAUUAUAAUGGUAAAUUAUAACAGCUUUAAGCACACAUUUUAUUAUUAUACGGAAUGCUAUUUUUCGAUGCUACAGACUAUUGCAGAAUUCGAUUGGGAUUCGAAAGUACGUGGUGCAAUAUUGAGCGCGUUCUUUUACGGAUACGUGUGCACACAACUCAUCGGAGGUACACUGGCUGCCAAGUUUGGUGGCGUGAAGCUGAUGGGAUACGGAGUACUGGGGACUGCAAUUUUCACGGUGCUCACCCCCAUGGUCACCAGACAUUCCGUCUAUCUUAUCAUCAUCUUCAGAGUCGUCGAAGGCGUGUUCGAGGUUAACAAUAUUAAAAUAAUAUGAUAGUAUUACAUAUAACUAUUGCAUAUAACCAAAGUAUAGUUCUGGAUUUUAAGCUAAUGGGGGAUACUAGCUAACGGGGUUUCAAUUCUUCGUACCAUUGACCAUGUUUAAAUAAAAACUAAAAUAAACUAAAUAAAAUAAUUUAAAUUAAAUGUUUUGGGCGGUAAUCUAUUUAUUUAACCCAGUUCUGCGAUUUACAGGGGAUAUCGUAUCCCGCUGUUCACGCUAUUUGGUCGAAUUGGAUACCACCGGCCGAGCGUGUCAAAUUGACGUCGUUAGCGUUUUCCGGUUGUUUCACAGCUAUGUUCAUUGGAUAUCCGGUCUGCGGAUGGUUGGCUGACAAUUACGGCUGGUCUUCCAUAUUCUACGUGCCGGGUAAAAAUUACAUUUACUUACAUUGCGCGACCAAUGAGUAUUUCCUAAUACAGAGUUUGGUUACCAAUAUAACCCGUAUUUCUUAAUUUCACAAUUUUAAAUGUAAAAAACCAGCCGAGAUUGCGAUCACGUUAUCCUCACGAAGGUUACGACGACGGGUAUCGAAUCGGGAACACUUGCUAUCCUAACCUAACACAUAACCGACCUGCAGAUAUAAUUUUACGAGUAGGUAUAUGAUACCUAUUCGUUAUAUUUUCGAUUCUAUUAAUACGCGUAAAAGGCCGAAAAAGUCGUAUCACAUGACGGCGAAAUAAAAUAAGCGCUAUUGAGCGUUUAACCAACGAAGUUACGUUCGGCAACGAACGAUAACGACGUCACGACUUGUAAAGCUAUGAUUUCCUAGGAGAGCGGUGCUGUUAUCUAGCGGCCGUAAUUUAGCGGUGGAGACGUCACUAAAACGUUGUUUAUACAAAUCAGACGGCGUUGAUUUCCUAAAGAGCGUUUAUCGUCUACGUAACGUCAUAACACGUUAACGCUAUUUGUAUGACGGCCAUCAUUACGUUGUCAGUUUCCGAACGUUAACAACACCGCUCUCCUAAGAAACUAUAUGACGAUAAAAGCGCCGUCCGUACGCGUUAUAAGGUAACGGCGAUGUUAUAGAGUCCUCGAGAAAAACGAAAGAGCGAAAAACCGAGAGGGUGAAAAAUCGCGGAGCGGACUUGUAAUUGUUUUGAAAAUCCUUAGGAAAUUAUUGUGUAAAGAACGGACAUGAAAAACGUGCGAAUAAAAAUCACCUUGUAGAUCCGGGGAAACACUCGCUAAAAUAACUAUAUAAGUUGGUACUCACUUUUUUUGCCAUUUUUGACGUUCACUAUGAACCUUUUCUUGAUAUGUAUUAAAGUAUUUAUAAGCGAAUUCGGUUUUAUUGCAGAUUUUCUUCCGUUCAUUUUAUAUGUUAUACAAACAAUUUGAUUGUUAUCCAGUCAAAAAAUGACAAACGCCUUUUUUGUCACAUUUUGGAUCUAGUUGGUGACUAACAAAGUUAUUUUUCUAUUUUCUAAGUGGAUUUUAUAUUAUUUGAAAGAAUUGGAAAAAAUCGUAGGAAAAACGGGAAAUUUACAGCAACGAUAAAUUGUAACUAACUUAAAAUAUGGCUUAAUAUGGCCUACACAGCCCCUCCCAUAAAGUUUUUUCUAUUUUACGCGCGAACCGUUGUCACGCAAAUUCACACUAAUUAUACGCGCUAAAUUUUAAUAAAACUAAAAUGCGUAAAAAGAAAAAUUGAGGAAAUACACGUUACUUAACCAAUUGGGACAUCAAUGUUUUUUACGUAGGUUUUGUCGCUAUAACAUGGUGUAUCGUCUGGUUGAUGUUUGUCGGAGAAUCUCCGAAGGAAGACAAAUAUAUCUGCGAAGAAGAACGCAAGUACAUUGUCGAUUCAAUAGGUCCUACCGACAAUAAAAUAAGUACCUAUUUAUAUACUUUCUUAUGAAUUCAUUAUACUAUCCACAUUAGCUUUUUUUCUAAUUUGUGCAGAACAUAUUUAAUUUUAUAUGCUUUUCAUAGAUCUACGCCAUAAUUUUAGAUUCUAAACGGAGUUGGUUUUAAAACGAUGUUUACUUUUUUUUUUUAUUAUCUGUGAACAACUUUUCAGAAACUUUGGUCUGAUUUUCAAAUUUAGUACCCUUUCUGAAAGGAAAUAUAACUAGGGUGGUACCUUAAGGAGGUGAUUUUUUGAUUUAUGUAUUUUUAUAAUAAAUAAAAAAAACCGGGAAAAAACGUAGGAAAAACGGACAAUUUUACGAAAUGUAUUAUUUUCGAAUCGUGAAUAUUAUGGCCUUUCAAACCAUGUAUAACAGAACUCCGCUCAGAAUCGUGUUUCUUUAGUAAUGAUUAUUCGUUGCGACAUCAAAUUUCCCUUCUACCAAGCCAACUUCUCACCUACAACAGUGGGCCACCCAUCCGUUUGUUUUUAAGAGUAAUAAUAAUAUUAUGUUACCUACGUUUUUAUGUAUAUUAUAUUUUCAGUCAGUUUUUCAAAGUAUCCGUGGAAGGAUAUAUUUACAUCAAUACCAGUAUGGGCUAUUAACAUUGCCCAUUUCUGUUCCAAUUGGGGAGUUUACACACUAUUGACGCAGUUACCUAGUUAUAUGAACGGUAAAAAAUAUUCAAGAAACGUAAUAUAGUGUUUACACAUAAGUACAGAUGUACUAUGACUGGACUUUUCUCGUGCAUUAUUGUGAAGUGUUUGAUUCUAUAUAUUCUUUACUCUAUAGUGUUAUUUUUUACUUUUCUGAGUUUGUUUUUCAGAUAAACACCGGAGUUUAAAUUUGAAAUGUAUGAAAAUACAAACUGCAUUACAGUUAAGAGUAUAAUAUUCUAUUUUCAGAUGUAUUGAAGUUGAACAUCGGACAAGGAAGUUUAGUAUCAGGUCUCCCAUACAUAGCCAUAACCUUUACGAUUCAAAUAAAUGGUUUCUUUGUGCACUGGUUACGGAAAAAAGAAAUACUGACCGCCACACAGGUGCGUGAAGUAAUUUUACAAAGUAAACGAUUAAAACCCAAUAUUUAAUACCUGUCUUUACCAUUAUUGCCGAAUUGUAAUUUUUUGAUACAGUAUUUAUCACUCUUGUAAAAUAUUUGAGUAAAAGUAUUUAAUACAUGUAUUUAAAUACUUUAAAAAUAUUUAGAAAACUUUUAAAAUACUUUUUGAAAUAAUUAUUUUAAAUACUAUCUUAAACGUAUUUAUAUUUGAAUUUUAAAUAUUUUUCUUAAAUUAAGAAUUUAAAAUUCCUUAUUACUAUUUGACAUUUAAAGUAAUAAUAUAAUACAUUAUAAUUUAUAUUCCAUGAUUUUGAUUUUUUGAUGUCAUCUUCGUUAUAAACCGAGGAGAAUGAAAUCAGACAAACACAAAUUGACAGUGAAGUCACGAAUCAAACAGAAAUUAAACUCAUGAGAGACUUAUAACUAUGGUUCGGAUGUUGAUGAAGUAGCAUAUUUUUUUCUGUUUAUCCAAUUCAGUGAUCAGGAUACAAAUUUGAUUCUUGUUCUACUGAAUCAAAUAGUACUAUUUCUAUUCUGUAUAUUUUUGUAUACUUCAUGGUAUUUCAUGCAUAUUUCAGUACAUUUUUUAACUUUUUUAAAACUAUUUAAAUUAAUAACGAAAUACAAAGCAAAAAAGCAGACGAUUUGAACAAAUUAAAAAUACUAUUGUAUCACACUCUAAUGUUUUGAUUGUAAAUUAAUAUGUAAUAUAAAAAGAAUAAAAAAUAAAAAUAACUACUAAUAAAAAUUAUAUACUUAAAGUAAAAUUUUUUUUUUUAUUUUUUUUUUUUUGCAUAUUUUGGUAUUUUUGUUAACUAAAAAUGUAUAUUUUAUAAUUUUUAGUGUAUAUUUUGAUUACAUAUUUGAUAAUUUUUUAGAACGUAAAUGCAUACAUUUUACAGUUAUUUUAAGUGCAUAAACAUCCUAACCUUACUUAUAAUAAAUAUUUUCAUAUUCAAACUUUGAAAAAACCAUGCUGCUUAAGUGCAAUACACUAUUUGCGGAAUGGUUAUGAUGAUAAAUAUAUAAUUUCUGUUUCUUUAAAACUGUUUUAAUUCAUCCAAUCUAUUUAAUUAUUUCAAAAUUAGUUUACAGUAAAUUUUAUUUAUUUUCAUUUUUCAAUGUAAAAUGAAGUAGGCAGUACAAAGUUCUAAUAAUAGAUACUUAAAUAGUUGAAUAUUGAAUUAAAUAUUCUAAAUUUCAAAAUUAGUUUUGUGAACUUAGUUGGAUUAAUUAUUCAGUCAAAUUAAAAAAUAUUAAAAUACAUAUCGAUAGUAUUUAUACUUGUAUUUAAAGACAAUUUGAUAAGUAUAUUUACAAUAUUGAUAUUUAUUAUUUAGACUAUUAUAAAACGUUGAAAGUUAUUAAUUAUUUUGAUAUUCAGUAAUUUUUUAAAAAGGACGCCCCCCCACUCACAAUAAAAUGUUAGCUAUGUAACUUUUCAUCACCAAACCUAAAUAGUAAUAAAAUUAUUUAAAAUAUUGCAGUGAUAUUAAUAAUUACUAUCUGUCAAUAAUAUGUUGUGUAGUAUCGCAAAAUUAUAGAUAAAUAAUACAAUUAUUAUUAUUGGCAUGUAUAAUUGAAACAUAAGUCCCGAAUUUAAAAAGUCGUUUCUUCCGUUUGUAGAUGCGAAAGAUCUUCAAUACUAUUGCUUUCGUGAGCCAGGCCGUCUUCUUGUACGUGACCGCGAACAGCACGACGAAAAUCGGUUCUGUAAUUUAUUUGACGUUAUCGGAAUGCUUCGGCGGUCUCAUUUGGGCCGGAUACAUGUAACGUGCCCAUCGCAGCAUCAGAUCACGGCAAUCCAACACAGUUUUUACUCUACAUUGGGUUUUUUAUUUUUGUUUUUUUGGCAUGUUCUCCAGGACUAAUCAUUUAGAAGUGGCACCGCAAUACGCCAGUCUUUUGCUGGGUAUCUCCAACACGUUCGGUACACUACCCGGCAUCAUCAGUCCCAUGUUGACCGGCAUAAUCGUACGACACCAAGUAAGCGUUUCGAUUCGUUUAAACAUAGGUAUAGGUAACUUCGGAAAUGCAAUGCGUUGACAACGUUUGUCCAUCGGAGCAGCGGAAAUCUCAGUCGAAAUAAAGCCAGAUUGUUUGAUGAAAAUUGCACUUGGUGUUAAUGUUAGGAGAAAAAAAUGGAAAACAGUCGUUAUCAGUGUUAUCACAUACAUUCCGUUCGUUAAAGAGAGGAUUUGGAAAUAAAACGAAAUAUUUCUCUGUAACUAUUAGUUAUUAAUUAUUAGUCAUUACACAUAAUACAUAAUACAUUAACCUUAAUCUAAUAAUUCUGUUGAUAUUCAUUAUUUGUUUCAAUUUAGUUUUGUGCGAGGGGACACAUAUGUAAAAAAAAAUUAAAUAUUUAUUUUCAUUCCUUAAUCACUGAAAAAAAUAACAUUAUAUUUGUCCACUUUUCAAAAUUUUCAAAAUAGUAAAAGUAAUAGUAAAUUUUGUAAAAGAUAUUAUUCUAAAAACUUUAAUGUAGCACGCAUUUUAGUAAAUUGGUAUGAAAACAAUUAAUAUUUAAUAGAAUAACGCGUUACACGACAAGAAAUAAUCACAAUCAGCACGGUAAUUCCUUAUCUUUUAUUGAAAAUCAAUUUUUUUCAUGUCUAUUUUUCGAAAAUUAAAACAGCUAUAACUAAUAAAUUAUUGAUCGGAUAUAAAUGUGUGUUACAAUGUUGCAUUCAAGUUUUUAGAAUAAUAUCUUUUACAUAAUUACUGUUUUGAAAAUUUUGAAAAGUGGACAAAUAUAAUGUUAUUUUUUUCAGUGAUUAAGGAAUGAAAAUAAAUAUUUAAUUUUUCUCGACAUAUGUGUCCCCCCUCACACGAAACCCGAUUGAAAAAAAAAUGGAUACCGACAGAGCAUAAGGAUAACAAGAGUAUAACAAUUAGUCAUAUUUUCUCUCUUUAUUGCCUAAAAAUUAUACAAAUAAUUUCCAGUUUUUCUCAAUUAUUAAUAGAAAUACAAGGAAAAUCAAAAAAUUAUCUCCUAUGUGCACUAGUUAGAUCAAACACGUUUCAAGAAAGUUUCUGUAAACUUUUGAUUAGAGCAAGGUUUCUGGUCGGCAAAAGUUGUUUACAGACACCCAAACACAAUACACAUCAUAGUAUAUAACCAAGGGAUUUUUCGCUUUUACUCGUAAACUCAAAAAAUGUAUAGUACCUAAUAAUAUUAUUGUGUUCCGAUUGUAGAGUGCGGACGAAUGGCGGUUGGUGUUUUUGAUUACCAGCGGCAUAUACUUAACCGGAGCGAUCGUCUACGCCGUAUUCUCGUCUGGGGAACUACAACCGUGGGCGAAAGUCGAAGUUGACAAACGCGAUGACGCCGACAAACGCUGUGAUACCGGGCCGUUAUAAUGCAUUUGUACCUACAUUAUUAUAACAAUUGAACUCUGUAAUAGGAUGAGUCGUUUGUACAAUCAACCCGUUCUAUUUUAAUAUUUAUUAUUAUUAUUAUUUUUUUUUAAUAUAAUUCCAAAUGUAAUAUGAUUUGGAAAACUACAAUUAACACAAUAUUAUUUUUAAUGUUUUAAUAUUUUAAUGUUGUCGUUUAAAUUUGUUUUUUGUUUAGGCACACAAGUUCAAAAAACAUGAGCGUGACAUCCCACCUCGUUUCCACUCCUAUUAUUUAUCGUACUAUAUAUAGGAGUGUGUAUAGUACCGUAGUCAGAGUUAAAUGGAUCCCGGUGCAAAUUUAAUUUUUAUUAUUUUCCAAUAAUAUUUUAAUCUAAACAUAUACUAUAAAAAAAUACGGACAUACUUCGUACGAUGAGUGGGCCUCUGUUGUGUAUAAGAAGUUGGAAAAGUGGAUGGGAAUUUCAACGAUUAAUCAUUGCUAACGAAAAAUGAUUCUGAGCGAAUUUCGUUAUACAUGCUUUGAAAGGCCGUAUAUUUACGAUUUUAAAAUAAUACAUUUCGUAAAUUUCUACAUUUUCCUCCGUUUUUUAUCGGUCUUUUCCAAUAAUUAGAAAAACUUUUUGGAAAACCAAAUGACCCAAGUCAGAUUUCCUUUUAGAAAAAGUGCUACACUUGAAAAAUGGAUCAAAAUUGUUUGUAGAAAAGUUGUCCAUAGGAAAAAAAAUCGUAAUAUUUAUAAAUAAUAUAUUUCGUACAUUUUCCCGUUUUUUUUUUCUUUUUGAUUUUUCGCAU